UUAGAUUAUCACUGCACAAGGUGAUCAUAUCCUAUAGGCGAAUAUGGCGGCGACGGAAGCGAAUGUUGUGCCGGGGCAGCUGGCGCCGAUUUUGACCGCGCUUUAUGUUGGCGACCUUGACGGCAGCGUGACGGAGGAAGAGCUGCUUCGAUUGUUCAAUCAAGCAGGCGACGUCGUCUCCGUUAAGAUAUGCAUGGAUGAAAUCAAUCAGCGCUCACUUGGAUACGGUUAUGUCAACUAUAGGAAUCCUGAUGAAGCUGAAAAAGCGUUGAAUGUUCUGAACUUCACUCGUCUCAAUGGCAAAUGCAUUCGGAUUGCAUAUUCAAACAAAUAGGGAAGUCAUCGUAAAAGUAGUCAGGGCAACUUAUUUGUUAA